CAUUUACAUUAAAUAAUAAUUAGGUAUAUUGUAUAGACAGCAACACCAAAGCUCUAGAUUUAAUUUGAACAUAUGAUAUAUUUCAAUACUAUUGUAAUCAAGAUGAGAAUUAAUAAUGAAUACAGAGAAAAAACGUAUGUAGUCGAAUGGUUCAAAUUGUACAAGAAAACCAUUCAAAAUUUUAAAGCAUUUUAUUUUAACGGCACUUACCCGCACAGAUCGUUUUCACCAAAAGUUGUCGAAUUUAUAUUUAAGCUUGCUGAUGAAUUUGGUGUGGAUAACACCGUCAAGUACAAAUGUGUUGAGUUGUAUGAUAGAUUUUUAUCUGAAUAUUUCAUUCAUAAACAUAAGAAAAUCUAUUGCAGUCAUUCGAAUAAGUGGCUGAAAGUUUUGAAGCAGUGUAAGAAACAAUCUUAUCUACGAAUUAUUUCGUGCAUGCAAUUGCUGUCCAAAUAUGCUCAACAAUCUUUGAUUCUUAAAUUAAAAGAUAUAAAAGUUAUACUACAGCAAACUGGGCAUAUGUAUACAAAAAAAAAUAUUCGUUCUUCAGAAGCUAAAGUCUUGCGCAUAGUUGGUUAUAAGUUGAAUGAACCAUCAAUAUUUAUGUUGGUUGAAUAUUUCAUUGACGUGAUCCCAUUUAUUACUACGGAUAGUCUGUAUUCUACAUGCUUAUUGCUAACAGAUUUUGUUUAUAUUUAUCAACAAGAGCUUUAUGAUCAGCUACAGUAUCAAAAGACAAAACAUAGAAUUUAUACUUACAGUGAAAAAUUAGAAUUACUAGACAUUGAGUAUGACAAAAUAACUACAGCAGCAGCAGUUGUUGUCACAGCUUUUUACAUAUUGAAUUCAACUGAUAAAACAAAUGAAGAGUUAUGUUUGUAUCUAUCAACUUUAUGUGAAAAGUCAAUUGACUAUUUGUUAACAAUUUCAACUAUUCUAAUUUCUAUCAUUAACUCAAUUAGCAUUGAAUCAUAA